AUGUUCGUCCUCUUGUUGGGUUCCCUCUGCGUCUCGCUCUUUGUCCGAAACGGACUCGCUGCUCAGUGCAGUGUUAAGAGUGGCGACAUGAGUGCUCGGUGGCAGGUGAGUCAUCGAUUCAAUCAGGGGAGACAAUAGGGUUACUGGUUUCCAGGUUGCGGACGGAGAGCUUACGAUUGAAGUAACCACAGACAACAUCGGAAAUAAUGAAUGGUCGGCCGUUGGGUUCGGACCGGACAUGGUACUCCCGAGGCAUCCCUUCUCGUUCCAGCUCUUCUUUACAGAGUGAUCUUAGUGUCGUCGUCUUCCAAGUGAAAGAUUUCAAGCCUUCCGUUGUGACGGGAGCCACUCAGGGGUACGGAGCCCCCGCUCUCGACUCCUCCCCUUCCGUCACCCUUCAAUCUUUGAACUACAAUAGUGAGCGACAUCAGAGAGUAUGAUAAUUGAUAGAUCCUAAUGUUCCAGGCAACACGUUGGUGGCCCGAUUCGCCCGUCCGGUCGGAUCCCUCUCCACUUGCACCACGUGGAACGUAAGUCUCGCUCUCCCUCUGCACGCUCCCUUCCUCCCUCUUCUAUCGUAAUCCCUUUCCCCUCUAACCUUUCGUUGCAGUUCGUCACGAAAGGAUCGAUCGAAGACGGAGAGAUCGGCUACCACAACGCCGCCCCGCACUCGGUCGAAAUCUGUGCGGCCAAGUGCUCCCGCAAGAUCUUCCACUAA